ACCAGGUAGAAAUAUUACAUAAUUAAAACAGCAACUUAUAAUCAGAGUUUCUCAAACGACAUUACUAUAUAUAUUGCCAGUUAUCUCCCCUUUGAAAGUACAGCUUCCUUUUCCGGUUUAACAUCAUUCGUUUAUCACUAUGGCACGUCUUGGAAACCAAACGGUGCCAAAUGGCCAUUUUCACAAGGACUGGCAGCGCUAUGUCCGAACCUGGUUUGACCAGCCAAUGCGCAAAAAACGCCGAGCAAGGAAGAGGAUGAUAAAAGCGAGGAAAGUAGCUCCCAGACCAGCCGCUGGCCCCCUUCGGCCAAUCGUUACAUGUCCUUCCAUCAAAUACAACAUGCGUGUCCGUGCUGGACGUGGUUUCACUAUUGAAGAGUUGAGGAAAGCUGGCAUCAGCAAGAGGGAAGCCCCAACAAUUGGAAUUGCUGUUGAUUACAGAAGACGCAGCAUGUCUGCUGAGGAGCUCCAAGCUAACGCCCAGAGACUGAAGGAAUAUAAAUCCAGAUUGAUUCUGUUCCCCAGGAAGAUGAGCAAACCUGGCAAGAAAGAUUCUUCGUCUGAAGAGAUCAAGUUGGCCACCCAAUUGAAGGGCAAACUGAUGCCAAUUGUGAACAAGGUGAGGAAGGACAAACCACAGGUGCUCACCAAAGACAUGAGGAGAUUCAAGGCUCACCACACAAUCAAGAUUGCCCGCAUUGACAAACGUAUGUUUGGCCGAAGACAGAAGAUAGCCGAGAGAUUGGCAGCUGAAGAGGAAUCUAAGAAGAAAUAGACUGGCUUUGUAUGAAUAAAUGUUUCAGUGAA